CAACGUUUUUCUCAUAAGCCAACUUAAACAGAUGAGUUUAGUGAGUGUAAGUAGAGCCAAAUCAAGAUCACAAUCCACUUUUCGUAUGUGAUAGAGAAACAGAUUCCAAGCCCAGAAAACUCCAAAACCCCUCCCUUCCUUUUUGUUUCUUCCUCCUCACAUUCCCUUUCUCCCUAGCUCAAAAUCCUCUGUUGUUGCUGCUUGUUGCUACUGCUUCUCCAAGGUUCUCUUCCUCUUUCACCAUCCAAAGGUUUGUUUCAAAGAUGACAACUUGUGUUUCUCCCUGUUUGACUUCUCCCGACUCACGAGUUCUCACUCUCCUUAGAAAGAGUGUAACGCCAGAAGGCAGCAGGGUAAGCUGCUUUAGAAUGGUCCAAGGCAAAAGAAACCGUCUUGUUUCAGCUCAGAGAUCCGAGCCUUGGUCCACUUCCAGCUCUCACACUCCCAACCACUUACAAAGCCAAGACCCUUUCCUAAACCUCCACCCUGAGAUCUCCAUGCUCAAUCCAAGAAAAGAUUCUUCCAGUACCGAGGAUCUUGGCGACUCGUCUCCUCCUAGUAACUACAACGAGGCGAGGAUCAAAGUUAUCGGCGUUGGAGGUGGUGGCUCAAACGCUGUGAACCGCAUGAUUCAGAGCGAGAUGAUUGGCGUGGAGUUUUGGAUUGUGAACACCGAUAUUCAAGCGAUGAGGAUGUCUCCUGUUUUUCCAGACAAGAGGUUGCAGAUUGGUAAGGAGUUGACUAGAGGGUUAGGCGCUGGAGGUAAUCCGGAGAUUGGAAUGAACGCUGCUAGAGAAAGCAAAGAAGCUAUCGAAGAAGCACUUUAUGGUUCAGACAUGGUUUUUGUCACAGCUGGAAUGGGAGGUGGAACUGGAACGGGCGGGGCUCCGAUAAUAGCGGGUGUGGCGAAGGCAAUGGGUAUAUUAACGGUUGGUAUUGUGACAACGCCUUUCUCAUUCGAGGGAAGGAGAAGAACGGUUCAGGCUCAGGAAGGGAUUGCGGCACUGAGGGAUAAUGUUGAUACUCUCAUUGUUAUUCCGAACGAUAAGUUGCUCACGGCGGUCUCUAUGUCUACUCCAGUUACAGAAGCGUUUAAUCUGGCUGAUGAUAUACUUCGUCAAGGAGUUCGUGGAAUCUCUGAUAUCAUUACGAUUCCUGGAUUGGUUAACGUGGAUUUUGCGGAUGUGAGGGCUAUAAUGGCAAAUGCAGGUUCUUCAUUGAUGGGCAUAGGAACUGCAACAGGAAAGACACGAGCAAGAGAUGCUGCAUUAAACGCAAUCCAGUCACCGUUGUUAGAUAUUGGGAUUGAGAGAGCCACUGGUAUUGUUUGGAACAUAACUGGUGGAACUGACUUAACAUUGUUCGAGGUAAAUGCAGCUGCAGAAGUGAUAUAUGACCUUGUUGAUCCAACUGCAAAUCUGAUAUUUGGCGCUGUGGUCGAUCCAUCCUUUAGUGGUCAAGUAAGUAUUACCUUAAUAGCAACCGGCUUCAAACGCCAAGAAGAAGGAGAAGGAAGGCCUCUUCAGGCGACACAAGCGGAUGCAUCAAUGGGAGUAACAGCAAGACGUCCUUCUUCAUCUUUCAGUGAAGGCAGUUCCAUAGAGAUCCCAGAGUUCUUGAAGAAGAAAGGCCGCUCUCGCUAUCCUCGCCUCUAAAAAACUCAUCUCCUCAAGAACUGGUGCGGUCUAAGUAAGUAAUUGCCUCUCUUGGUGAUUCAUUGUUAGGUGAUAUAAAUGUUUUUUUGUUGUUGAUUAAAUUAAAACCUAACAAUAAAUGUCUAUUGAUUGACAGGUGGUAUUAUAAAUCUCAGUCUCUGUCGCACUCGCACUUGUUUCAAUAGGUCGCCUUCUAUGGGUGAAAACUUAAAAAAAAAAUAAAAAAAAUUACUCUGCUUGAUACAUGUCCAUUAUAUUUCAUGAGUCCUUUUUUUUGUCAAACAUUUCAUGAGUCCUUUAAUUUACGUUUUGGCCACAUCACACAUGUUCAUGAAUUUAGAUUUCCCUAUGUAUGUAUGAAUGUUUGAUCGAAUAUAAAACAAACUAUAUAUAACCUCUAGUAGCUUGGUUUUUUAUUUAUUUAUUUUACAUUGUAAACAUGAUUCUUUGAAAGAAAAGAUGAGAAGCGUCUGUUGAAAAUCUUGGUCGAACCUAACGAUAUAACGUUGCUAGCAGUCUCUAGGAGGAGGUGGUCUUGGAAUGCGUUUACAAGGCUUAUCUUGUUGUCCAUUAACUUGAUGGCUUCCCUGAUAAUCUCCACACGAUGGGGAAGGUUUUGCACAUAUACCUUUUAACACACAAGUCAUAUUAUAUUAGUAAAUCUUUUUAUGUGAAAGAGAUAUUUGGAAUAAGAAGAGACUGACCUAAGUGACGGAAUCUAGCCUCUGUGACACGAACCUGACAGGAUAGACAUAGGAGUAUGUGAAGCCAACUUAGAAGAAGAAAAGCUUUUGUUGUUUUUUCCAUUAUCGUAUAUACAGUACUUAGUUUAGUUCCAAACCUGUAACAUGCCGAAUGCCGACCAGUAGGAUAAAUAUAUAGGAAGUCUAGCAGAUUAAUAAUAUGGAACAGAAGCCGUGAAAAUAAUAAUCAUAUAUUGAUAUAGUGAAAUAAAUAAAUUUGAAUUCAAACUUCAAAUGUAACGCGGUUUGUACAUCAGCUAUGGAAAGAAUCAUAUUUAAAAAACUUAUAAAAAACUUAAAUCAAUUCCAAUAUUUUUCAACCUAAGAGGCAAGAAGAGGCGUGCCUCGACUGAUGUCACUAGACCAGCGAUUUGAUUGUUUAAACAUGUCGAUGAUCGACAAAACCUGUCACUGAAACAAAGAUUAUAAACAAAUAAAGAUAUCUAAUUUUGUUAAUCAUCAUACUUAGAUGCAUUAUGUUAUUAUGUAUAACAUAGUGAUCUUUGUUUAUAUUUAUUUUUUUCACAUCAGGCGUACGUCUAUUUUUGAUUUGUUUUUAAACGUGUACGUACUUUGCCAUAGAAAAUAUCGAAGCGAGAGGACCAUAUACAAUCAAACUUCAAAGUAUGGUUAAAUGUUAACGUCUGCACUAAAUAUAUCCUUUCUUCGAUCUCCCUAUCGAGUCACGACACAUAAUAUUCCAUCCCAAUAAAUUAUGCAUCUACAUCAGACAGUCACAUAUUCAUAUAUAUAUAUAUGACAGUCACAUAUUCAUAUAUAUAUAUAUAUAUAUAUAUAUAUAUAUAUAUAUAUAUAUGGCAUAUGGGCACACAUAUUAUAUGCUGGUACGUAUUUGCUUUCCGUAGAGGAUACAAAACAUUGCAUAUAUUACUCUAUAGUCUAGCUUGUGGUUAAUUAACCAAAAUGUAAAGAGUAUGGACAAUAUCAAAUUAAUCAACUAUAAUGUCUCCUUACUAUUACUGAGCUCUCUCGGUUACAAACAUAUACUUGGAGAGGGCAGUAAAGCUGUCAAAGAGAAAAAUGAAUUCCAUAUACCGACACAUGAAAAUGUACUUUCAAAUCGUGACCUCUUUGUUGACAAAAAAAAAAAAAUCGUGACCUCUUUAUUAUGUCAAUCAUAAUGUAAAUUUUAUUUUGUUUGCGUGGAUAUAAAUAGCGUUUUUAUCAAUACGAUUAAAACAUAAAGAGUAUUUGUACUCCCUACACACAACUUCUCACCUAUUUGCAUUCUAUACCCUAUUUCCCUUCAAUUUUUUUCCCCCCAAUACUACCAUUUUCCCCCAAUUCAAUGGUAUCCCACUCUUUUUAGGGUAUUGAGCUAAUUUAAUAUUUUUUAUCUAUUUACAAAUAAUCCAGAUUAGACCAUUAUAUUUAUUUAAUUUAUUUAUUAUUUUUCAUGCAACUAACUUAGUUAUUAUUAAAACCUAGACUAUUAUUCUAAUAUUUUUAAAAUAAGAUAUCUAAAAAGAUAUUCUUAAGUAUCUUUUUCUAAAACUGCAUUUUAAUAAUAUAUUUUAUUUAAAAUAUAAAUAAACAUUUCUUUCAAUAUUUAAUUUUAAAUAAUACAAUUCAUAAUUGAUAUUAACUAUAAUUAUAUACAAAUAUUAAUUCAUUUUUUAUUUAUAGAAUUUUAUAAUGCUUAUAUAACAAAACUUAUAUUCAUAAUUAAAUUAAUAUCACCAAUUAAUAAAUAUUAAGUAACUUAGUCCAUUUAUUAACUAUUUUAUAAAUUAUAAAAUUAAAGAAUAACAUAUAUUCAUGAGUUUUACAACAUAUUUCAACUUAUUGAAACAAAAUAUUAAAGUAAGAUAUAUAAACUAAGAAAUAAUUUCAUAUUUUAAUAUACAUACUUAAAUUAUAAUAUUAAAAAUAAUUUAAUAUAUUUAUCAAGUAUGACACGGAUUGAAUACAUAUAUUUAAUUUAUAUAAAAAUAAAAUAAAUUUUGAUCAGUACAAAAAAAUAAAUAAAUAUAAGUGAAAUUUGUACUAUAAUUUAAAGUUUUAAAAUAUAAGUAAAAUUAAUACGGGGUAGGUUAUGUAAAUAAAAUAUUUUAUCUCAUGAAAUUAUAUUCAUGUAAAUUUUAAUUUAAUUAUAAUAAUUUAAAAAACAAAUGUGUUUUUUUGUAGAUAUAUAUGUAUAAAAUUUUAAUUUUUAGUUAUUAAAAUUUUGAAUAAAAUUAGUUACGCGCUUUUAAAACCCGGAUCAAAAUCUAACGUAGAAACUAAGGCUUCGAAUGGUGACUAUCGUCCCGUCUCGCCCCGCAGUUAACAGUAACAAAAAUCUCUACAUAUAUUAUAUAUCUAUAUAUUUUUAUAAUUGUUAGAACCACAUCACAGUUGAACCGCUUGUCCCGUACCGCUCAAACCGAAGUCACCCCUAAAAGAUUUUUGUUUGUUUCAUUAUCAUGAUCAUUUAAUUCCAACGUAUCCCCACUUCGAUAUAUUUCAUUGGAAUAAAUCCUAAAUCAACAUCAGCCUCAUGUUCCUCCCAAAAAAAUCGAACCCCUUUGAAUGCUUUUUUUUUAAUAUUCUGCACAUUUCUUUUUGUCAACCUGCUUAAUAUUAUUGAUUAAGCCCAUAGGCACAGUACAAAGAGGAUUUAAGAUAUAUUUUGCACAUAAUAUUCACGAUUCCCUUUACCAAAAAAAUAAAAUAAUAUUCGCGACCCCAGAAAUAUUAACAGUUGAGAACUUGAAUCAAUUUGUUUCAAAAAAAUAAUAUAUAUAUUCAAUUUUGAAGGUAAAUAUAUACGUCGUGACCAAAAAAGAUAAAUAAAAUGUUUAAAAUGUAAAGCAAAAUGACGAUAUCCUAUGUUCUGGUGACAAAAAUACUAUGUUCUUAUAUAUGAAGAAUAUCGAUAAAACAUGCACAAAAUUUAUAGAAAAUAUGUCUUCUCCUCUUGCAUCUCUUCUUAGGGAUACUCUAAUUGAGAGUCUCGUCUAAGAAACUACUUACCCCAAUAUUUUAGCAAAAAAAGAAUUACUUAACCCAAAUUGCCAAGACUUGAUCACAUGCAAAAUAUCAAGAUUUAAAAAUAUUUAAUAGGAGUAUCUAAUCAAUAAUUUUUCAAAAAUCAUACUGAUUAUUUAUUUUAUAUUUAAAUCCCAAAAUAUUAAGAGCCAAAGCAAACCAAUCUAAAAAGACACGUAAAGUUGUCAAUUACCAUACAAAAAUACAAAAGCGAACAAAAGAGAAAUUCACCAA